CAUCCCAAUGGUACUAGUAGGAUAUCACAAAGACAUUGUGACAUAACAAUUUUACAAUUGUGGCAUUGCAAAUGUAUCAUUACAUGAAAAUGGUACUAGUAGGACAUCACAAUCCUAUUGGUAUGUCACAAUGGCAUGAUUUUGACAUGAUUAGAGAAUUAUGACAUUACAAUUGACUUGUGACAUUAGAAUUAUGUCUACAAUUAUGACUUCAAAAUUGUACUAUGACAUCUCAAUGGAACUAUUGUCUAAUCACAGUGGCAUUUUGAAAUCACAGUGGUUCCAUGAAGAUAUUACAAACACAUUGUGACAUCACAAUGCUACUAUUGUGAUAUCAUAAUUGUACUAUGACAUAACAAUGGUACUAUUAGGACAUCACAAGCUAAUUAUGACAUUAACAUGGUUCAAAUGUGACAUCACUAGAGAAAUAUAACAUCACUAUUGAAUUGUGACAUCACUAUGGUACAAUUUUGACAUCAUAAUUGUACUAUGAAAUCCCAAUGUUACUAUGCUCUAGUUACAAUGGCAUUAUGACUUCACAAUGAUACAAUUAGAACAUCAGAAAGACACUGUGUCAUUAUAAAGCUAGUAUUGUGACAUCGCAAGUAUAUUAUGAUAUCACAAUGAUAUUAGUAUUACAACAAAAUUGUAUUGUGAUGUCACAAUUUUGUGAUUGUGAAAUUACGAGAGUACUAUGACAUUAACAUUGUACUAUUGUGAUGUCACAAUUGAGCUAUGACCUCACAAUGUUACUCUUCUCUAGUCAAAAUGGCAUCAUGCCAUCACAAUGGUACUAUUAGGACAUCACAAAUUCAUUGUGACUACACAAAACUACUAUUGUGACAUCACAAGUAUAUUAUGACAUCAAAAUGGUACUAGCAGGACAUCACAAUCAUAUUGGGAAUUAUGACAUUUCAAUUGAACUGUGACAUCACAAUGGUACUCUUGUGACAUCAUAAUUGUAGUAUAACAUCACAAUGGUACAGUUCUCUAGUCAUAAUGCCAUUAUGACAUCUCAAUGGUACUAGUAGGAUAUCUCAAAGAUAUUGUGACAUCAUAAUGUUACUAUCGUGGUGUCACAAGUGCAUUAUGACAUGAAAAUGGUACUAGCAGGAGAUCAGAAUUAUAUUGUGACAUCACAAUGUUUCAAUUGUGACAUCACCAGAGAAUUAUGUCAUUACAACUGAAUUGUACUAUGAUAUCACAAUGGUACUAUUCUCUAGUCAAAAUGGCAUUAUGACAUCUCAAUGGUACUAGUACGAUAUCACAAAUACAUUGUAACAUCAAAAUGUUUCUAUUGUGGCAUCACAUAUGUAGUAUGACAUGAUAAUGGUUCUAACAGGAGGUCCCACUCACAUUGUGACACCACAAUGGUUCGUUUCUGACGUCACUAGAGAAUUAUUUCAUUACAAUUGAAUUGUCCCAUCACAAUGGUACUAUUGUGACAUCAAAAUUGUACUAUGAUUUCUCUAAGGAACUAUUCUCUAGUCACAAUUGCAUUAUGACAUCACAGUGCUACUAUUGUGACAUCACUAGGGUAUCAAGACAUAACAAUGGUAUUAGUGGGACAUUACAAUCUUAUUGUGACAUCUAAAUGGUUCGAUAAUGACAUCACUAGAGAAUUAUGACAUUACCAUUGACUUUAGACAUGACAAUGGUACUAUUGUUUUGUCACAAUGGUAUUAUGACACCCCAAUGGUAAUAUUAGGACAUCACAAAGACAAUGUGAAUUCAGAAAGCUACUAUUGUGAAACCGCAAUGCUAUUAUUACAUAACAAUGGUACUAGGAGAACAUCACAAUCUUAUUGUGACAUCACAAUUUAGUGAUUUUGACAUUACUAGAGAAUUAUAAUAUAACAAUUGACUUGUGACAUCACAAUGGUACUCUUGUAACAUCCAAUGACAUCACAAUGAUACUAUUCUCUAGUCACAAUGGCAUUAUGACAUAAGAAUGGUACUAGUGGGAUAUCACAAAGACAUUGUGACAUCACAAAGCUACUAUUGUGACAUCACACUAGAAUAUUAUGACAUUACCAUUGACUUGAGACAUCACAAUGGUACUAUUGUGACAUCACAAUUUUGCUAUGACAUCACAAUGGUAAUAUUCUGUAGUCACAAUGGAAUUAUGACAUCAAAUGAUACUAUAAGUAUAUCACAAAGACAUUGUGACAUCACAAUGCUAUUAUUGUGAUAUCGCAAGUGUAUUAUGCCAUCACAAUGGUACUCAUAGGACAUCACAAUCGUAUUCUGACAUCACAAUGGUAGUAAUGUGAAAUGAUAGUUGAAACAUGAUAUCACAAUGAUACUAUUUCUUUGUCACAAUGGCAUUAUGGCAUCAUAAUGGUACUAUUAGGAUAUCACAAAGGAAUAUUCUGACACCACAAUAGUACUAGUAGGACAUCACAAUUGUAUUGUGACAAUACAAUGGUAACAUUGUGACCUUAUGACAUCACAUUGUUACAAUUGUGACAUCACAAUUUUUUAUGACCUCACAAUGGUACUACUAGAAUAUCACAAUCGUACUGCAAAAUCACAGUGGUAUUAAUAGGCUAUCAUAAUCGUAUUUUGACAUAAUAAUGGUUCAACUGUGACAUCACUAGUGAAUUAUGGCAUUACAAUUGAAUUGUGACAUCAAAUGUUUACUAUUGUGACAUCACAAUUGUGCUAUGAUGUAACAAUGGCAUUAUGAUAUUAGUAAGGUAUUAAUAUAUCACAAAGAUAUUUUGACAUCACAAUGCUACUUUUGUGACAUCAAAGGGAAUUAUGAUAUCACAGUGGUAAUAGUAGGACAUAACAAUUUUUAUUGUGAAAUCACUAUGGUCCGAUUGUAACAUCACAAUUGUACUAUGAACUCACAAUGGUACAUUUCUCUAGCCAAAAUGGCAUUCUGAUAUCACAAUUAUGAUAUCACAGAGACUAUUGUAACAUCAUAAGGGAAUUAUGACAUCACAAUUGUAAACUAGUAGGACAUCGCAUUUGUAUUUUGAAAUCAGAAUGGUACGAUUGUGAUGUCACAAUAUUAUAUUACAAUUCUACCAAGACAUCAUAAUGGUAUUGAGACAUCAGAAUGUUACUAGUAACACAUCACAAUUGUAAUAUCACAUUGCAAUGUGUCUAUUGGGCCAUCACUACAGAAUCAUGACAUUAAAAUUGAAUUGUGACUUCACAAUGGUUCUAUUAGGAUAUCACAAAGCAAUUUUGACAUCUCAAUGCUAUUAUUUUCACAUUGCAAGGGAUUCAUGACAUCACAGUAGAAUUUUGGGCUCAUUUUUGUAUACUGUCAUAUCACCUGUGAAUAGAGAUAUUUGACUUCUUCCUUAUCAAUUUGUACCCCCUUAAUCUCCUUUAGUUGUCUUAUUGCCCUAGAUAGGACUUUGAGUACUGUAUUGAAGAGAUUUGGAGAGAGUGUGUAGCCUUGUCUUGUCCCCAAGUCCAGUGGAAUUGACUUAACAUUCUCUUCAUUUAGUUUGAUGUUAGCUAUAUACUAUUCUUUAUAUAUUCUGUAUAUAUUCUAUAUAUUCUGUAUAUAUUCUGUAUGCUAUCUUUACUAUUUUUAGAUGCGUGCCUUUGUCCCUGCUCUCUCCAAGACUUUAAACAAGAAUAACUAUUGGAUAUUGUCAAAUGCUUUUCCAGCAUUUAAGAAAAUGGUCCUGUUUUUUUUUUUUAACAAUUUGUUUAUAUGGUGGAUUACAUUGAUGGAUUCCAUAUACUUAACUGCCCCUGCAUGCCUGGGAUGAAGCCUACUUGGUCAUGGUGGAUAAUAUCUUUGAUAUGUUCUUGGAUUUGAUUUACAAGUAUUUUAUUGAGUAUUUUUACACCAUUGUUCAUAAAAGAGACUGGUCUGAAGUUCUCUAUCUUUUGGGGGAUCUUUGUGGAUUUAUCAACGUGACUGUGGUCUUACAAAAGGAAUUUGGUCAUGUUGCAUCCAUUUCUAUUUUGUGAAAUAAUUUGGAGAAUAUCAUUAUUUGCUCUUUGAAGGUCUUGUAGAAUUCUGCUCCGAAAUCAUCUGGCCCUUGGCUUUUUUUUUUUUUUUUUUGGUUGGUUGGGAGUAUUUUGAUGGCUGCCUCUAUUGCCUUAGGCAUUAUAAGACUAUUUAAUAUCUUUACCUGAUGUUGAUUCAACUUUGGUAUGUGGAAUCUAAAGAGAAUUGUAUAUUUUAUUUAGAUUUUCAAAUUUUGGGGCAUAUAGGCUUUUGACAUAAGAGUUAAUGGUUCUUUGCAUUUUCUCAGUGACUGUUAUAUCUUUUUCUUUCAGACUUUGUUGAUUUGGAUAGUGUCUUUCUGCCAUUUACUUAGGUUGGCUAAGAAUUUGUCUGUGUUUUUUUUUUAUUUUCUCAAAGAACUAGCUCUUAGUUUUGUUGAUUCUUUGAAUUAUUAUCUGUUUCUAAUUUAUUGAUAUCAGCCUUAAGUUUGGUUUUUCCUAGUUGUCUACUCUUGCUGGUUGUGUCUGCUUCUUUUUUCCUAGGGCUUUCAGGUAUGCCAUUAAGUUGUUUGUAUGGGAUGUCUCCAAUAGCUUAUGAUGGCCUUUGUUGCUAUUCAAACUCCUCUUCGGACUGCUUUCAUUGCAUCCCAUAUGAAGUUGAGAAAUCUUCUAUCAAGGAGGGCUACUGAUUUUUUUGAGUUAAUUUUGUAUCCAGCCACUUUGCUGAUGGUGUUUAUCAUCUGUAGGAGUUCCCUGGUAGAAGUUUUGGAGUUACUCAGCAAGGACUUCAAGAACUAUGUUGAAGAGAUAUGGAGAGAGUGAGCAGCCUUGCCUUGUCCAUCAAUUCAGUGGGAUUGCUAAUUCAGUGACCUUCGAUGAUGUGCAUGUGAAAUUCAGCCAAGAAGAGUGGGCUUUGCUGGAACCUUCCCAGAAGCAACUCUACAAAGAUGUGAUGCUAGAGACCUGUAAAAACCUCACUGCUAUAGGCUACAAUUGGGAACACCAUAAUAUUAAAGAACAUUUUCAAAGUUCUACAAGUAAUAAAAGGCAUGAAAGCAGUCUUACUGGAGAAAAACCUUUUAAAUGCACUCUAUGUGGGAAAGCCUUCCCCUAUAUCACUGUUCUCAUAUGGCAUAAAAGAACACACACUGGAGAGAAGCCUUACAAAUGUAAUCAAUGUGGUAAAGCCUUUGCAAAAAGCAGUCAGCUCAUACAGCAUAAAAGAACACAUACAGGAGAGAAACCUUAUGAAUGUAAUGAUUGUGGCAAAGCCUUUGCAGAAAACAGUCAUCUCUUAAGCCAUAAAAGAACACACACUGGAGAGAAACCUUAUGAAUGUAAUGAUUGUGGCAAAGCCUUUGCAGAAAACAGUCAUCUCUUAAGCCAUAAAAGAACACACACUGGAGAGAAACCUUAUGAAUGUAAUGAGUGUGGCAAAGCCUUUGCAGGAAACAGUACUCUCUUAAGCCAUAAAAGAACACACACUGGAGAGAAACCUUAUGAAUGUAACCAGUGUGGUAAAGCCUUUGCACAAAACAGUACUCUCUUAAGCCAUGAAAGAACACACACUGGAGAGAAACCUUAUGAAUGUAACCAGUGUGGUAAAGCCUUUGCAGAAAACAGUAAUCUCAUAAGACAUAAAAGAACACAUACUGGAAAGAAACCUUAUGAAUAUACCCAACGUGAUAAAGCCUUUGCACAGCAGAGUAGUCUCUGAAAACCGGAAAAGACACACAGUGGAGAGAAGCCUUGUGAGGGUAAUUAGUGUGAUAAAUCCUUUGCAUGUAACAAUCAUCUCCUAAGACAACAAUACAUUCUGGAGGGAAACCAUAUGACUAUAACUAUGUGGCAAAGCCUUUGCACAUAACAUCUCCUAAUACAUAAAAUAACACAUACUUGAAAGAUGUCUGACUGUAACCAAUGUGAAAAAAACUUUUGGACUUCAGAAUAAUCUCCACACUUAUGAAAGAAAUCCUAAUGGACAGAAAGCCUGUGACUGUUUUUAACAUGGUGAAACCAUUCCACAUUUGUAUAAUCUUCAUCAUCAUGAAAGGAUUCAUAAUAGAGGAAAAACUUAUGAAUGUGUUAAAAUGGUGAGGCCUUGCACAAAUCCAGAGUCAUCAUCAACAUAAAAGUAUCCUUACUGGAGAGGAAUUCUGUGAGUAUAAGCAAGGUGGAAAGGCCGUUGUGUACUUUGGUCCACUGAGAUGCAACAGAAUUGUAAAACUAGCUCAAUGGAAAUGACCUCCCUUUUCUGAAGGGGAAAAGGGAUAGGGGCAAUAGGAACGGAGGGUAGUCAUGGGCAGAAAAGGGAGGGGAUUACUAUUGGAAUUUAAAGUAAAUAAACUUAUUUUUAAAAAGAAUACAA